UGUACCUAACCUUGGGUACAGUACUAUUGUGGCGAGGCCAAAUCAUAAGAUUAUGGUCCUACUCACCUGCUACUACUAGUAGGUAAGGCCCCUUACUUAAGCCAAACGGUCUGGCGCCAGCAAUGUGCCAGUGCUCGGCCGUAGUACGGAUCCGGCAAGGCCGGGAAACCCCAGCGGAGGCUGACGACAACUUGAACUCGCCAGCCUCGCGCUUCUGUACCGGAACAGAUAUAUCGCUGCAGAGACAGCUCACCACCCUGGGCGCCAGGAUGCUUCUACGCCAUACAAUGGGCAUCCAAUAUCCCAAACUUCUAUGAAAUUUAUCCAAGACGAAUACGAGGUACACGACCGAGGUCCAACCCUCGCCAUCUCAUCGCGAACGUCCAUCCCGAACCCUCCGCAUCUUCGUAGGACCUUUAUUACUCCCUUAACGGGUUCCAGCAGUGCAAUUUCCCAAGUUCAGGACAACACCCAGUCUCGACCAUGGGCUAUCUACUUUACUCCGCGUUCUUCAUCUCCAUCGUCCUUGGUACAGCCCUCUAUCUAACCCGCUCGCGUUGGAUCCCAUACCUCCCUGAUCGGGUCCAAGAAACCCUCGACUUCAGCUACCGCCGACUCCCCAGCACGUUCAUGGGCGACGUGGAAUCGGGCUUCACCUCGGCCGACUUCGACCUGUCCGGCAAUGUCAUGGAAGGCGACUCGCGCAGUGGCCUGGAUCAGAAAGCAAAGCGCGAUAUUCAGCGGUUGAUGAAGUUGCGCAAGAUCAAUUUCGACGAGGCCCGCCGCGUGUAUAUGGAGCAGAGGUUCAAGAAGAACGGGAUCGGGGAGGACGGCGUGCCGCGCGAUCCGAAGUUUGUGUCGUUCUCAUGAGCAUGAUAUUUUGGUUUGCAGAAUGCAGUGCUUCUAGAAUCUCAUCUGGCUCUCGUGUCUGUGUGUGCCUCAACUUGAUUACUAUGGGGUAUACCAUGCAGCGCAGUGUAGGUUGGUUGCCUGGUGCCUGCGUGACCGUGGGGUGCGUUGGGGGCGAACCUCGAGGUGCCCUAACGAUUGAGUGAAGGCACCGCAGCUAUCUGUUCUAUUUUCCGGUUUCUUUCUUUGGCUUUUCGAGCGGUGCGAUGGUGCAAGAAAGGCGUUCAAUUCAAGGUUUUGAGGUGGCAUUGGAGUUUCGCUCACAGGGGACGAGGACCAAGGUGCGGGCUUAUAUGUAAUGAGCAGCAGACAUGCUUCUGAGGAACCGUUGGCGCGCUUUCUCUGCAAGCUGAUCAAGCAACGUUUCUAAUUAAGUCAGAAUGGUCGAAGUGCAUCGGUCUCAACUGUCACAGUCGCGCUGACAGGUGAUCGGGACUGGGACGAAUUGUUCAAUCUCUUCCUUCCCUCCCCGAGAAUCGAGACUACGGCAUCUUGUGAGGGUCAACUCAAGGUGUCAAAUCCGAUGCUUCUCAUGAAAUUGGCAACGCUAAAGGCCACCCUGGGUUCCUGACUCCUGUCCCUCUCCCCGAAGAACAACUCCUGUCUUGCGACUAAUAGUCCACACAAACCCAACUCCAAAUUAUAUCUAGAUUUUCGCUCCGGUAAAUGCGAUGAAGAGUCGCCCUGGUGUCCCAAGGCCAGUGAUAUACAGCCUGGUCGCGUCACGGGAAGCAGCAUGAGACUGCCAUGGCCCAGAGGCGUGUCUAAUUCAUUGGUGUACGACCUUUACUGAACCUUCUUGGUCGCUGCUGGCGUGGUCUUGUCGGCAAGGCUUGCGAUAGCUACCACCUAGUCGGUCCCACAGGGUCGUGAAUUGACCGUAGUUGCACU